ACCAGAUAAUCAAGAAUUAGCAUUACCUAGACUAUAGAAGCAGAUAUAUGCAUAAAAAUAAGAAAGAAAAUGCGGCAAUUUAUAAUAUUCGUGUAAAUAUAAAUUCUCAUAUGCGACUACGGAAAUUCACCGAUACUCAUUUCCUUCAUACAUUUCCUUCUCGCUUAAUUGCGAUUACGUUCAAUGCGUGCAUAACAACAUCGAAGAAAUAAAAAGAUUACGACACAAACAGAUUUACGCAUAAUUAUGAAUACGCUCAAUUAAAUACAAUUAGACGCGAAAUAUUAAAUAUCGUAUAAGUAAAUUUAAUAAACGUGACAAAUAACUCGCGCUUUCUACGAAACAAUAAAAUUUUAAAGCAAAAAUUUUUUUUUUUUUAUUCUUUUCUAUAUUUUAUAUAACGAUAUGACUAGGAAAUAAUUAAGGGAACAAAAAAAUUCAAAUAGGAAAAAGGAAUGAAAGAAGAUCUAAUCAUUUUCCGAAACGAAAUUCAAUUCUUCCAUAUAACGACGAAGGUCAUACAUGUGUUUCGUUCCGUUAACACGUUUGUUAUUGAGUAAGACAUACUUUCAUUUUCGUUCAUCUUGAAGAAUGUCCCUGAAAUCGAAGCCGCGAUAAGGAAUUCUAUUCGCAUGAAUUUCGCGGUUAUGUUAUAAACAGUUCCAAGAUUCUGAGCUGAACAAUCUCGAUAAUUCUGAAUUCUUUUCAAAUAAUUCUUAAACCAUUACAAUAUCUAUUUAACACGACGGAAUUUAUCAGGUACUGCCUUCCUCCACAGCUCUUAGGAUUCUUUUAUUAUUUAAACUUGGUGCAUUACACGAGACUUGUGAUUAUCAUCAAGGGCUACUCACUUAAAGAUUCAAAAGUGGAAAUUGUCACAGAUAAUAAUAAUAAUAAAUUCUAAACGAAUUGGGAAAUAUUCGAGCAUGAUUUCAUUCCUAUUGUACGUCGAACGUUACGAAAGCCCACGCACAAGAGUUUAUUGCCUACUCGAAUCACGGAACUAUUGCGGAUCUGAUUCUCCCUAUCGAACCGGAUGGGGAAUUCCAACGAUAGAAAUGCGGAGAUGAUAAUCACCGAAUAGAAAGGACUAAAAAAAGCAAGACGAGUGCCGAUCUAAGAGAUUUUGCUCUUGUCUCGGGGAAGUUAGGUAACAGUACAAAGCCGCUUUUGAGGUGAUUCGAAGUCGAUGUUCAGUCUUCGCGCGGUGCUCGAGCCAACACCAUCGUUUUACGUUUCGCGCAUGCCUCGCAGAAUGUCAAACGGCCGUGAUAAAAGAACACGGUGAAUUUUAGUGAAUAUCUGUGAUGUGAUUAAUGGAAAGUUUUUUUUUUCAUCUGCCAUCACCAUGAAAAAUUCAUCUGCAUUACGAGAUAUAUUGUUAAUUAUUUGGUUCACAUUAAUGGUUCGUGUAAAGUCUGCGAUAAUGCCUCCUCCAUGGGCAGAUCCGUCAAGCAAUCCUUGUGCCGCUCAACCACGUGGUUGGCAAUUGUUAUUUUGGCCGCCGGAUGGAAAGUGUUACAAAAUAUUCCAGAUUGGGGCACCAUGUCCAGAGACAAUGGAACUGAGUCCAGCAGCAGGUGGAGGUGGGAUUAUAGCUGAAUGUAGAUGUCCUCCAGGAACUGCACAAUCUCCUAGAGAUGCGCUAUGUCAUAAGAUAUAUACAAGAGCAUCUUGUCCAAAGGGACAGUUCUUUGCACCUGUACCAGAGAUAUCUGGAAGAUCUAGGUGGGGUGUAUGUCAUGAUCCAGAACCAUGCAAAGAAAAAGGAGAAGUCUAUUGGCCUAGGGACAAUAAAUGUUAUCCCAAAUUUAGCAAAGGACCAUGUUCAAAAGGGGAACUUCUCACCAUAGAUGAAGAUGGAUUAACAUUAUGUUCUUGUUCUACAAAUGGAGAACUUGGACGAUAUCAUUGGACAGGUAAUGGCGGUGGUUGUCACGAACAUUACACUAAAGGACCAUGUACAGAACCAGGAGAAUUAUUUUUACCGGGUGGUGUAUGUGGCUGUCAUUCUAAAUUACCUCAUUAUCAUGAACCAACUGGAAUGUGUUAUCAGUUAGGUGAUAUUGGUCCAUGUUUACAAGGUCACCACUUUAUUGUAAUAAAUACAAUAAUCAAUGAAGAAGAAAUUCGUGCUAAGUGUGUAUGCAAACCAGGUCAUGUUCUUUAUAAAAAUGGAUUCUGCUAUAGACUUUAUACAAAAGGACCAUGUGAAAAUAGUUAUAUGUUAAUAAAUUCGACGACUUGCAUUCCAGUACCUUGCACACGAGGACGAUUAUAUUUUCCACAAGAAAAAACAUGUUAUAAAAUAGGAACAAGAGGACCAUGUCCGAGAGGACAAAUUGUUUUGUAUGAUUAUAAUGUACGACCAUCUAUUGAUGGAAUUAGUUAUAAUGGAGUAUGUGGAUGUAUAAAUGUACAAAAAGACUUAGAAAAAUGUUUCGAAGAAACUAAUGACAGUUGCGAAUCUACACCAGGAAUGGUAGAAAUAAAUAAAACUUGUUAUAAAUUAUAUACACAAGGACCUUGUACUGCAGGAGAAUGGUUAGUUGCACAAAGAAUGCCAAAACAGAGUUUAUGGAAAAAUGAAGAAUUAGAAUCAAAAGCUAGAUGUGAAUGCAGACCUGGAUAUAAGAGAAUUACAGAUACUUUUAUAAUCUCUGAAUUAGAAAGUAAUAAUUUUCUUUCUUCGGGUGGUUGUCAACCACCUACUGUAAGUUUAGCAAAGUUUCUUAAUGAAAAAGCGAAAUCAAUAAACUUUUAAAUUAAUAAGAAUUGAAAUAGACAUAUGAAUAAUAGCAUAUGUCAGUGAUAAAAUGCAUUUUCUUAAACUAUUAUAUGUAAUACUAUUAUACAAAAUAUAUGUAAAUACUAUUGUACAAAUAUUGUACAAUACUUUUAGAAUAUUGUAUAAAUAUUCUCAAGAAUCUCAUGUAUAUCAUAAGAAUUCCUAUUUAUUUAAUAUUUUAGUACUAUGAAAUUUUUGUUUUAUG